CCAACACAGAAAUCCAUGCGUUUUCUGUGCUGCCACAGACAUUUUCCUAGUGCAGUUAUUCUUGGGCUACUGCGUAGGCCUAAUAUGCGUCAUAUACAGUACUUCUCUUCUGUUCGGCCGUAUAUCUAUCUACCAAUUCAUACAGUCAAGCUGCAUUAAGGAGAGAGCUGCUGAAGCACAUACAGUGCAGCGCGCUGAGCAGUGAGGUUUGACAGGAGGCACAGGGUGGACUGCUCGAUACUUUUCAUGCAGACAGUUCUCAGAGAAGACAGAGCAAGACAACUGCACUGCAAUUGGACUGAUGUGACAAGACCUUUGAGAUACAAUUAACUGAGUGGGACGUUAAGAAAAUGCACCAUUUGGGACAUUUUAUUUUAAUCCUUGAUAACCUCUCCUUUAGUCAUGUAGCCUAACAACACUUGGUCGAGCAGAUUUAUUUCGGGAUGGUGUUGCUUGUUUUAUUUUGAUGCAGCUCCAUGUGAUUAGAAACCUGCUAUGGAGGACCUCUUUAGUCAAAAUGAAUCUGAGCACUGACAAUGCCAACUUAUGGGGAAAUGGUUCCUUAUUGGAAUUUCAGGGCGGGAAAGUGGGGAUACCGUGGUUGUCAGAGUCGCCUGUCAACUCCACAAACGCCACUGGCAACGGGACGGAGAUCGAUGAAGUGGAUCUUACCCGUGCCAUCCUGCUUGGCUUGGUUCUGGGAGCUUUCAUCGUGUUUGCCAUCGUGGGCAACAUCCUUGUCAUCCUGGCGGUGGUGACCAACAGGCACCUGCGAACUCCGACCAACUACUUCAUUAUCAACCUGGCCAUCGCCGACCUGCUGCUGGGCACCACCGUGCUGCCGGUGUCUGCCACCCUGGAGAUCCUCAACUACUGGGUGUUCGGCAGGGUCUUCUGUGACAUCUGGGCGGCGGUGGAUGUUUUGUGCUGCACCGCGUCCAUUAUGAGCCUGUGUGUCAUUUCAAUCGACCGUUACAUCGGGGUGAGCCACCCGCUGCAGUACCUGAGCAUAGUGACCGAGAAGCGGGCACUUCUGGCCAUGCUCGGGGUGUGGGUGCUCUCGGUGGUCAUCUCCAUUGGACCCCUCCUUGGGUGGAAGCAGCCGCCAUCGCCAGACGACACGGUGUGCCUCAUCACAGAGGAACCGUUUUACGCACUCUUUUCCUCCCUCGGGUCCUUCUAUAUACCGCUGGUUGUUAUCUUGUCCAUGUAUUUUAGGGUUUAUGUGGUCGCCAAGCGAACCACCAAGAACCUGGAGGCUGGGGUGAUGAGGGAGAGGAUGAAUACGAGUGAGCUGACGCUCAGGAUCCACAGGGGAUCACAGAUGCAGGAUGACACAGGCGGAGGCACCAGCAAGGGCCGCGCAACCCAGGCGAGGAGCUCCCUGGCAGUGAAGCUUCUGAAAUUCUCCCGGGAGAAGAAAGCAGCUAAAACUUUGGGGGUCGUGGUUGGAAUGUUUACGCUUUGCUGGCUGCCGUUCUUCCUAGCCUUACCCAUCGGGUCUUUCAACCCAGACUUUCGUCCUCCUGAGACGCUGUUCAAGGUGUUCUUCUGGCUGGGCUACUUCAACUCCUGUCUCAACCCCAUCAUCUACCCCUGCUACAGCCGAGAGUUCAAACUGGCCUUCAUACGCAUCCUCCGAUGCCAGUGUCACUAUAGAAGUCGCCCAGGCUGGCGGGCUUCCAACUACCGCACCUCCCACUUCAACUCCUCUGGCCACUCACGGAAGAACUCUGCAGAGUCUGGCUACUCACGGAAGAACUCUGCCUGCCUCAACGGGAGCCAGCGCACCCUGCCCUCCUCAGCCAGCCCCAGCCCCAGCUACCUGCCGUCCUGCUCAGAGGGGGAGACCCUCUCCACCUGCUGGGCCUCUGCUGCCUCCAGGCCCUCCUCUAUGCUGCCUGGGAGUCCUGCUGACUGCCAGCUGGGGACACUGAGGGGGGGUGUAGGGGGUGGAGGGACUCAGAGGGGGAUGUCUCACAGGAAGUCCAGCCAGGGGGUGUUCUCGUUCCCAUGUGGGGAGCGUGAAGGGGACAUACCUGAGGAUAAGGUUUGACUGUCUGGGAGUCUUACAGCCAUCAGUUGUUGUUAAAUUAUUCCUUAUGGGGAUUUAAAUCAUGUUCAGUACCUGAUUGAUGAGGGGGAGUGAUGUAUGGUUCCAUUUACUGUCAAUGGUUCAAGUCAAGUCAAACUGUCAAUGGUUUUGUAUUGUUGGCAUGGAAAAUGGUUGAAGGAGUAGAGAUGGCGCUACAGUGGCCUCUGCUGUAUGUUAGCAGGUAUUACUGAGCAUCAGGGUCUGUCCAGCAUCUGUUCAAUGGAACAGUGUCAGAUGGAGAUGACUACAGAUAAAGCUGUCUUGUAUUUCUCAGAGAAAUGAUCAAGGGCAAUAGUGUAGAAAUGGGAUAAACCACAAGAACUGUACAUUAUGGAUUUGACCAUAGCAUACCAAUGUAUGCAUCUGUUUCAAGGCUGUACAUACAGGGAGAUUCUCGUUUGGGCCAAAGACCGUCCUCCGUCCUCUCUCCUCUGUGACCCAGAAACCAAAAAGUGGUUUAAUGUUGGAGGAGUGUGUUAAUUCGUUAGUGGGAGAACAGAAGAGUGUCUUCCCCUCCUCAAUGGCCACCUUUCAUCAAGGAUACUCAUGUGUAUCCUAAUGCGGAAAAGUUUUGAAAUCUGCCACACCCCCUUUGAAUCAGCUUUUAUGUCAGAGGAGAAAAAAAUGAACACAUUUAAAAAAUAAUAUGCUACUUAUUGUUUUAUCUAUAAAUGUAUUGAAAAACUAAUUUAAUUUGUUUUGAGCACUUUACAAGUGUUUGGGGGAUCCACCUGUGUAAACGCAAUUUUUCUAAUGAUGCGCAAGUGGAGAGGGACCGUCUCAUUUCAAGCAACUGUAUUUUCAUCCACGUUCACUCUCCUCGCUGACUCUCCUUGAUUAACUUUGACCUUUUUCAAAAGGAGGCGAGAGUGGACGGAGGAGAGAGGACGCCGGAGGUGAGCAAAUCUAAGUUAUAAAAGGCCACAGUAUUGGCCCUAGGACUGGGAGAGACUAUGCUACCUUGGGACUACCUGUAGAACUGCAACCUAAUCUGUCAUUCAUUCUCUUUCAGCUGGUCUGAUCUGUAAAUGUUUCUGGUCUCCUGGGGCUGUGGUCAUUCUCUUUCAGCUGGUCUGAUCUGUGAUUGUUUCUGGUCUCCUGGGGCUGUGGUCAAUCUCUUUCAGUUGGUCUGAUCUGUGAAUGUUUCUGGUCUCCUGGGUCUGUGGUCAUUCUCUUUCAGUUGUUCUGAUCUGUGAAUGUUGCUGGUCUGUGGUCAUUAUCUUUAAGUUGGUCUGAUCUGUGAAUGUUUCUGUAGUGUGAUCAGUCGGAGAAUGGUGCUAUAUGUAAAGAGCAGAUGAUCACAUUUCUGUUAAUGUCCCUCAUUGUCUUUAUGGUGUGUUUGCUUAAAUAAAGUAUAACCUGGUUUAUCCGGUGUAGUAAUCAUAUGGGAAAACAUGUAGUGGGUAAAUAAAGUCUAACCUGGUUUAUCCGGUGUAGUAAUCAUAUUGACAAACAUCUAGUGGGUAAAUAAAGUCUAACCUGGUUUAUCCGGUGUAGUAAUCAUAUGGGAAAACAUCUAGUGGGUAAUCAUAUGGGAUUACAUCUCUUUCCGUUGCCCACGGAAAAUGAGGGUGGGCUGGGAGCGGGCUGCAUCGGUGGCACUGUGUUAUUUUCAAAGCAGGUGAAGAAGGUAUUUAGCUUGUCUGGGAGCAAGACGUGGGUGUCCGCGACGUGGCUGGUUUUCCCUAUGUAAUCCGUGAUUGUCUGUAGACCCUGCCACAUACGUCUUGUGUCUGAACCGUUGAAUUGCGACUCCACUUUGUCUCUGUGCUGAGGUUUUGCCUGUUUGAUUGCCUUAUGGAAGGAAUAACUACACUGUUUGUAUUCAACCAUAUUCCCAGUCACAUUGCCAUGGUUAAAUGCGGUGGUCCGUGCUUUCAGAUUUGCGCGAAUGUUGCCAUCUAUCCGCGGUUUCUGUUUUGGGUAUGUUUUAAUAGCCACCGUGGGAACAACAGACCCUAUACACUUCCUGAUGAACUCAGUCACAGCGUCCGUGUAUAUGUCAAUGUUAUUCUCAGAGGCUACCCAGAACAUAUCCCAGUCCCAAUGAUCAAGACAAUCUAAAAGCAUGGAUUCUGAUUGGUCAGACCAGCGUUGAAUAGACAUUAGCACGUGUACUUCCUGUUUGAGUUUCUGCCUAUAGGAAGGGAGGAGCAAAAUGGAGUCGUGAUUUGAUUUUCCUGAAGGGAGGGUGUGGAGGGCCUUGUAGGCAUAGGCAUUUCGAAAACGCGAAUAGCAGUGAUCUAGUGUUUUUCAUAAGCGAGUACUACAGUCAAUGUGUUGAUAGAACUUCGGAAGUGAUUUCCUCAAAUUUGCUUUGUUAAAAAAAGGUGCAUGUUUUAAGAUCUGACAAGUCUCCCAUUUCACUCCCUCUCUGUCUCUUUGUGCUGUUUUGUUGAAAUGAACCUGUAGCUAUAUCAUUGUUUCUUUCACUGAAUAAAAGAGGAAAUAAUUUGGUG